AUGAGAUCGUUAUUUAUAUCCGAGAUUAUUUAUGAACACCAGGGGGUCUGUCCCAACAAGAUCAAUGGCAAUCUGUGGGUGGACGCGCAGAGCACCUGUGAGAGAGAAUGCAACGUCGAUGAGGACUGCGCCGACUUUGAGAAGUGCUGCACCAACGUGUGCGGCCUGAGCAGCUGUGUCGCGGCGCGCUUCGCCGACGGCCCCCCCCCCCAGCCGGAGAGCCCGGACGGGGGCGACGGGGACGGCAGCUCCGCCACCUGCGCCGGGUUCCUCUGCAGCCAGCAGGGGGCGACCUGCGACCUCUGGGAGGGCCAGCCCGUCUGCAAGUGCCAGGACCGCUGCGAGAAGGAGCCCGGCUUCACCUGCGCCUCCGACGGCCUCACCUACUUCAACCGCUGCUACAUGGACGCCGAGGCCUGCGUCCGCGGCGCCACGCUCACCGAGGUGGUCUGCCGCUUCUACCCGGCCGGACCCCCCACCGGCCCGCCGCCCCGGGACCCCACGGCUCUCCCCGCGCCCACCGCCCCCCUGGCGGACGCCCUGCCCCCCACCCUCUUCUCCAACCCGGCCCCCCAGUCCACGUACGUGGGGGGCACGGUCAGCUUCCACUGCGACGCCCUGGGGCUCCCCAAGCCCGAGGUCACCUGGGAGAAGCAGAGCGAGCGGCGCGGGCGCCUGGUGAUGCGGCCCGACCGCAUGUACGGCAACGUGGUGAUCACCAACAUCGGCCAGCUGGUCGUCUACAACGCGCAGGUCUGGGACACGGGCGUGUACACCUGCGUGGCGCGCAACGCGGCCGGGGCGCUGCGGGCCGACUACCCGCUGUCCGUCGUCCGCAGGGCGGAGCACGACUUCGGCGAGGACCCCGAGAUGCCCAUGGGCCGGCCCUUCUCGCCCGCCGACUGCCUGGCCGCCGCGAACCUGCGGGCGUGCAGCGGCGAGCGCCACGUGGACUGGUACUACGACGGUAGCGGCGGCGGCGGCGGCAGCGGCGGCGGCGGCUGCGUGGCGUUCACCAACAGCGGCUGCGAGGACAGCAGGAACCGCUUCGAGACGUACGAGGAGUGCCGGGCGUCCUGCCAGCGCGAGGGGGCGGGGACCUGCGCCCUCGCCGCCGUGCAGGGCCCCUGCACGGCCUGGGAGGCGCGCUGGGCGUGGAACCCGCCGGCCAAGCGCUGCCUCGCCUUCGCCUACGGCGGCUGCCACGGCAACGCCAACAACUUCCGGAGCAGGAAGGAGUGCGAAGCCCGCUGCCCGCAGGCGAGGCGGCGGCCAUGCCGCGCGUGCCGCCUCAGGGGGAAGCUGGUGGCCAGCCUGUGCCGGAGCGACUUCGCCAUCGUGGGCCGGCUGUCGGAGCUGAUCCACGACCUGGACUCGGGCAUCGCCCGCUUCAGCCUGGAGGAGGUGCUGCUGGACGACCAGAUGGGCCUGAGCUUCUUCAACACCCGGCACCUGGAGGUGACGCUGGCCGAGGUGGACUGGAGCUGCCCCUGCCCCAACAUGACGGCGAUGGCGGCGGGGGGCGGCCCCUGGCUGGUGAUGGGCGUGGUGCGGGACGGCGCGGCCGUCAUCCAGCCCGACAGCUACGUGAGGAGCGUCUCGGAGCGCCGGCUUAGGAAGGUCCGGGAGGCCGUCAGCAGGAAGACCUGCGAGGGGUCGGCGCGCCCACAGGCGUAG